UCACAACUUUUACAUUUUAGUUGAAAGUGAGAGACUAGGAUACUUGAAACCUAUUCCUCUUGUCAUCAUCAAGGCAGUUCCACCAGAGGUUCUACAGAAACCUAAAGAAGAGAAGAAGGGUGUUGAUGACUCUUCUAGCGAGGACUCUGAAGAUGAAGUCCCUGAUCCACUGCCUAAGCUUUAUGAUGAUGAACUCGGGCCUCCUGUCCUCUCCAGGUCUGGAAGCUCAGUGUCUCUUGAAUCUCCAGGCUUAGUGUUCGACCAGAGACCAUCUAGUGCUUGUACUGACAACUCCGAUAUAUCCACUGGUCCUGAGUUCAUCACCCCUCUCUCAGACACUGACGAAUCUCAGUUCGACGUUGCUUCUCUUACCUGUAGAAUCUGUAACAAAACUUUAAAAAAUCUUAGAACUUUCCGAAACCAUCGAGCCAGACAUCUUGGCAUUCUCAACCAUAAAUGCCCUGACUGUUCAAAAUGUUUUGAAGGACGCAGUGCUGUAAACCGUCAUCUGAUCUCCAACCACAACAGAGAGCUCCUACCACAUGAGAUAACCACUAAUCCCGCUGCAGCAGCAGGAGCAAAUGUAUGCAAACCAACAUCUGGGGUCAAAAUAUUUAAACCUUCAGAUAUGGCCAGGAAACCCUUCCAAUCCACAGAGUCUCCAGGAAAGGUAGCAGAGAUUGCUGUACCAGGAUUGAGCACUGUAACAAGAGGAGAAAAGGGAAAGUCAGAUGAUUCUUUGUUUGAUAUGGUAAGAGAAGGAAAGACAGUUGUUCCCCCUGCAUCUGGUCAGAUGCCAAUAUUACUGGAGAAUCCUGCGCCACAACCUGUAAAGUAUAUUGUUGGUUCUCAGCUCAGGAAUGAUGAAAACUCUUGUAGUGAUACUGAUUCCUUGAACAGGUUUGAGAGGGAAGAUCGUUCCCAUAGUCCAGAUUUGGAGGACCCAGUAGAGAAACUUGAUGAAAUAUCUCAUAAACAAUCGUUGGAUAAGAGUAAGGAGGAAAUUGUAACAACACCAGAAGUGGAAAAGUUAGAGGAAAUACCCAAAGAAACGGAAAAUAAAGAAACCAUUGAACCAGCUCCUGUUGAUGAGCCAAAAACCUUACCACCUGAAAUAGCAAACAUGGAGAAGAUUAUUCCUGAAUCUGAUUCAGAUUCUGAUUCUGACAGUUCCAGCAGUUCAAGCUCUUCAGAUAGUGAUAGUUCUUCAGACGAGGGAGAGAAGGAAAACGACGAUAAACCUGAAGAGAUCUUGAUCGAUGAUGAUGAUAAUAUACCAGAGAACCCCAUUCCUGACUCUCCUAAGAAAGGUGACCAAUAUCUGGACGCUUUUCAGAACUUUCUCACAAAAUCAACUGACAAGGGUGCUAAAGCUGAGGAAGAGAGAGUUUCUCCUGAAGUGAAAAAAUCCACUCCCAGAAGAACUUUGACACAAGUUAUUGAAAUUUCUCCUGUCGAUGAUAUUAUGUCUGUUUUAUCACCUCCUGAACUAGAGGAUCAGACUGAAGAUUCAAAAUCUUCAGAGAAAAAUGAACCUGCUUUGAAACCUAAAGAGAAGAUGAAAGUGAUUCCUGGAGCAAGAAGGAAGCCAGUUUCAGGGGCAAAAAAUAAAGUUAGCAUGGUGGCCAGAAUCUUUAGAGCAAAGAAAAAGGAUGAAGUGAAAAAUGAAGCAAAGAAAUCAGAUUCAAUGAAACUCAAAGCACUGGAGAAACCUAAGAAAAUAAGUCCCAGAAGACUUAGAAAAUCUUCCUCUGAGGACUCGGAUAGGUUGGAGAGUGAGAGCACUGAUGAUUCCCGCCAGGACGCAGAAAUGCAGGCAGAGGCGGAUAAACUUCUGGAGAAGAAAGGAGUUUCUGUAAUUGGAGGAAAGUUAAUGAUUCCUGCUGAUAAACUGAAGAUUCCUGAUGAGCUUUGUAAAAUUAAGUUGGUUGGCAAAGCUAAUAAAAGACAUUUUUGUUGUGAAAUUUGUGACAAGUCAUACAACAGGGCGGACAAGAUGAAAUAUCACCUGUACAAUGAUCAUUAUGAAGAUUUCAUCAGAUGUUCAGAUUCUGUUCCCAGAAUACUGAAAAAGAGUUUUCCUGCCAAACUUGAUGUCAAGGGUGUUCUUAGUAAGACUGGGAAAGAGAAAUCUGUGAGUAAACCAUCAGCUCUGGCUAGAAUAUUCAAGAAGAAGGAACCAAAGAAAGAUGCUACUCCACCUAAAAGAUCACCAAGGGAAAGAAAGAUUUCCGAGAAGGAUGAGGGAUCCAAACUAUCAUCUAUUCUAGUGGAUCCAGGUUCACCUGUUGAAAGUACUUCCGACACAAUGGAUGCACAUUCAUCAGAUCUAGAAGAUUUAGGAAGAUCAAAACUUAGAGGAAAAUCAUCUCCUGAGACAAGUAGAUCAGAUCUGCAAGAGAGAAGUGUUAAAUCAAGAAGUCGUCAAAAAUCUGAAAAAACUUCUCCUUUUAGGUCAGGUAAGCUGAGAUCUGGGGACAAUUUUGACCGUUCUGCAUCACCACAAAAAAACAAAUCGCCUGAAAAGUCUAAUAAAAAAUCCCCAAUUAAGCAAGAGAGACCUGAGUCACCAGAAAAACUUCAUCCGUCUAUAUUGACUGACAAGGUUAUAAGUCCGGAGCAGUUGGAAAUGAUUAAGAGCCCAGAGAAAACUUCUUCUCUUCGUUCUCCCGAGAAACAGGAUAGAAUUACUCUUGUAAAACUAGAUAAACUGAAGUCUCCAGUCCAAUCUGUACCUAUUAAUUCUGAAGAAAUUAACCAGUUUUUUGAGUCUGAGAAUACUGAUCUGGAACCAUCUAUUCUUGAGCCAAUAACUCCUAUUCUUCCUAAACCUGUGGUUCAAAAGAAAAGAGGAAGAAAGAAAAAGUCGGAAACAGAUAUUGAAGAUUCAUCUGAGGACACCGGGAAAACAAGAACUCGGAAAGGUUCUUCCUUCUUGGAACCUGUAAAUUUUGAUAUCUCUUCCCUGGAGGGUAGCUCAAGAAGAACAAGAGCUAUGUCUGAAGAAAACCUCACUCCUCCUGAAAUUAUUCAGAACACAAGCAUGACUCCGGAAAAGUGGGAUGGUUCUGGUCAAGUGUUAAAGAGUGGAUUAAGAACUGAAUUCUCACCAAGAAGUCUGGUUAAAUUAAAGGUAACAUUUGAUCUUCCUGAAGCUUCCUAUGAUGCUGAUGGAAAUGAAAUUGUUAAGGAGAAGAAGAAGAAGCUGGUUGAAUCCUCUCCUACAAGGUUCCCAAAAUCUGUAGAAGAACCAAAGUUUGGAAUGAACAAGGACUUUGUAACUUUUGCUGAUUUAGCGCUGAAAUCUAAAUGUCAGGUUGAACUGAUGGAGAAGGAAAACUCCAUUUUAAAACCUGUGGUAACUGGACGGAAGAAGGUUUCUGCUAGGCUAAGUUUGGAGCAAAGUAAUAUUGAGGAUACUCCUGAACUGACAGCUCUUCAAGCGAUCAAAGAAGAUGAGAAGAAGGAAAAUGAAGCAAUUGCAAAUAAUCUACCAGUUCCGAUUGAAAAUUCCACCGAAAUUCAGGACAAAGAGCCAAUUACAGAGGAGAAGGAGACUCCUGUGUCAGAUGAAGAAGACGAAGAUAUUUCUGAUGAUCUUCCGGAAUCCCUGAAGAUACUUUUGGGUGAGGGAUCUGAGAUGAAGGAGGAUGAAAGUAGACCUACAAGGAGUAAGCUUCACGUGGAUACAAUUGGUCUCAGCUCUUCAACCUUGGACCUGGAACUUCAUGCUCUUCGGAAUUUAGUUUUUAAUGAAAUUCUUAAACAAAAAUAUGAUUCUGGAGAGGAUCAGAGAAGUGAAAGUAGAACCUCAGUAUCUGCAGUUUCUGCUGAUGAAACUAAACCAUGUAAUGAAGUGAAGAAAGACAUAAAAGAGGAAAAUACUUUGAUCACAGAAGAACAAACAAUAAAAUCAUUGGAUGAAGAGGAACCAUUAACUCAAUUUUUGGAAUGCAUUAAAGAAGAGAAACCUUUGUCUCGAGUAGAAAGGUUUAUCCAAAUAGGUAAAAACUUUCAGAAAGCUAUUCCCAAGUUUCGUAGUUUCCUCUGGCAUGAGAGAAAACGACUUCGUAUCUUGAAAAGUGCUGAAUUCAGAGAGUUGCGAGAUAAACAACCAAUUGAGAAACAAAAGAAAUACAAACCGAAGCGGCAUGAUUAUUCUUUGGAAAUCCUUUGCAAGAACAAUCUUUACGACAAUGUUGUCUUCAACACUAGAGAGAUGAUUGAGAAGAACUUCAGGUUAACAGACAAAGUGCUUCGCAGGAAACCAUUUCAUCCCAUUUUUUAUAGAAAAUAUUCAGUUCUGAAGAAGGAAAAUGAGCUUAAGAUGAUCUUGAGGAGAAAACCAAAAUCAUACUUUUCCUGUAUUGCCAACUGCAAUGAAUUGAAAAUUAGCCUGAAGAAGGAGAUUAAAGAAAAGAAAGCAGAGAGUGAAUGUAAGAAUGAAGUAUCUCCUGUUCAACCCAAAGCUAGUAGUGCGGUUCUCCAAGAACAUGAAACUCCAAAGGCUAUUCCUGGUCCUAAGAAACGAGGACGGAAACCAAAGAGUUUUAAAGAAACAGCAUUAGUGGAAGAGAAGAUAAAUUCUGCAAAAAUGUUGAUAGAAAAUGAUUGCGUAAAAGAAGGGAAUACUUCAGAACCUUCUCCUAAGCGAGCACGAAAAGGCAGACCUAAGAAAGCUAUGGCCUCUCCUCAGGCUCUUAAAAUGAUAGAACCUCAACCUCCUUUGAUUCAACCUAAUCAGGAGAAAGAACUAGAUUCAUCUGUUCCAAUUGGUGAGACUAAGUCGAAUAAUUCAGCUGAAACUGGUAGAACUUCCCCUGUUAAAGAAGCUCAUCAGUCUCAAACUUUAGAUCAGGAUAUCGAUAUUAGUUCUCCUAAGUUAAAGCUUGAUUUACCAGUUGACAAGUCUGAUGAGAUGACUGGUGAGAAUUCUGCCAACAGACAGGAAUUGGUUAAAGUUCAAACUGCUGCAGUUUCAGAUCCUUCUGAGCACAUUUUUUCCGCUGAAGAGAAUAGGUUUGGACGAAAGGCUAAGAAACGCAAAGAAGUAUUGGAAAAAACUGAAAAGAUCAAGUUCAAGAAGUGCAAAAUAUCUGAAAGUUUGUCUUCAGAUGAGGAUCAGCAGGUUCCACUAAAAAUUACCUUCAAUCGAUCAUCAAAGAAGGAAGAUGGCUCCAUUAAUAAAUCCAUCAAACUUAGGGUGAAAACUAAAACUACAAGUGAUCAUGGUUUCAACAUUCAGAUAGAGCAGCCUAAGACUGAUAACCCAGUGAAAUUUAAGUUAAAAACCUCAGCGGAACUAAUCAAAAGAUCUAAAAGGGGUGGGAAAUCAUUGGAGGAUAUUGCAGGAAAACUUGCUUUACUUUCUCAAACUAAGUCUGCUGAAGUAAAAGACCUAAAAAUUUCGAAUGACGAGAAAAGUGGAUCAUCAAAGUUUACUAAACUUAGAAUAUCAAGUAGGAAUGAGAAACCAAAGAAUCCAAUUAAAGCACCUGAAGUUACAAUUCAAAACCCAAAGGUUUUGAUUGAAGAACCUAAGAUCACAGCUGUAGAAUCCAAGAUCUCAACAAAAGAAUCUAAAGUUUCAGUAGAAGACACCAAGGUUUCAGUAGAUGAGUCCAAGGUUUCAAUUGAAGAGCCUAUGGUUCCAGAGAAAGAGUCUGAGGUUUCAGUAAGUGACUCUAAAGUUUCAAUGAAUGGCCUUGAGGUUUCAGUAGAACACUCAAAUGUUUCAAUAGAUAAGUCUUCGGUUUUAACUGACAGAUCAAAGGUUUUAGCAGAAGAGUCAAAGGUGUCUGGAGAUAAGUCUAUGGUUUCUGGAGGAGACCCUAAGAUUUCAGUAGAUGUGUCAACGGUUUCCCCUGAAGUAUCCAAGGUUUCAGACGAAUUCAAGAUUUUAGAUGAAGAAUCAAAGGUUUCAGCUGUUGUGUCCAAGGUAUUAACCAAAGAAUCCAAGGUUCUAGAAAUAACCAAAGAUUUGUUUAAAUCUGAAGUCUCAAUUAAAGAAAUCUCCAGGAAAGUGCCAGAAGUGGUUGCAAAAAGUUUCAAAGAGUCUACUGAUGAACCUAAGGUUUCAAAAGAAGAGAGCAAGGUUUCCCCUGAAAAAUUAAAGAUCUCAGCCGAUCAGUCAGAAACUUCAGAAGCAGUGUCAGAGGUUUUACCUGAAAACUCUAAAGUUUUAGCAGAAGAAUCCAAGAUCUCAGCAGAAGAGUCCGAGGUUUCAGCAGAAGAGUCCAAAGUUUCAGCAGAAGAGUCCGAGGUUUCAGUAGAAGAGCCCAAGGUUUCAGCAGACGAGUCCAAGGUUUCAGCAGAAGAGUCCAAAGUUUCAGCAGAAGAGUCCGAGGUUUCAGCAGAAGAGCCCAAGGUUUCAGCAGACGAGUCCAAGGUUUCAGCAGAAGAGUCCAAAGUUUCAGCAGAAGAGUCCGAGGUUUCAGCAGAAGAGUCCAAGGUUUCGGCAGAAGAGUCCAAGGUUUCAGCAGAAGAGCCCAAGGUUUCAGCAGAAGAGCCCAAGGUUUCUAAAGAAAAUACUACAAGAGAAGAACCGAUGGAGAUGAAAACAUCAAUUUCUUCCACGGCAGCAAAAUCUUCCACGAACUUGCUGGAAAAGCCUGAGAUUAAUGCUGAACUGUCCGCAAGGGCGGCGCCACCAGCACCAUCUGGAGAAAGCAAGCAAACUUUCUCAGAAACUGGAAAAGCUGGAUUAGAGGAGAUAAAUUCUGAAACAGGUUUCAGUUCAACUCAAUCAGCUGAAAAUAAAUUAAAUCAUAAAUCCUCAGCAGCUGAUCCAGAGAAUUCAACAACUGAGCAAACUGAGACUGAUGAUGGUAUGAAUGAAAACUCUGAUGAAAAUAUCAAAGAAUCAAAAGAUGAAGUUCCUGAAUCCUUGGUUGCAUCGAAAGAACUGACUGAGGAGAUAUUUUCCAGGGCUACGUCCAUUGUACAGGCUAAAAGCAACAUUAUCCCUCAAUGUGAUGGUUUUGAUGAAUCAGAUCUUAGUGAGAGUGAUAGUGAAGACCUGCAACAGAUCGAUGGAAACUCUGACGUUUAUAGACCUGCUAGAUUAUCACCAAGGACAAUCUACAAGUUGCUGACGGAUAGUUACAAAUCAAUCCAGGUUGUAACAACUACACAAAGUCCGUCUGCUCCAGGUGCCACCCGUAACCCCGGAGAUUCCAAUAGUAGUAGUUCCAACCCCUCAAGCUCCGUCAAUAGUGCUCAGAUUAAGCGGGACAGGUCGGCUAGUGAGGAUAGCAGCGAUGGCGGAGAUCAAAAUAAUAAAAAGAAACAUCAAUGUCACAUCUGCAGCAAACUUUUCCCCAACUCUUUCCGUCUCAAAACCCACGUUCGGGUUCAUACUGGAGAAAAACCUUUCAAAUGUGAACCCUGCUCCCAAGCAUUUGCAGAUCGGUCAAACUUCGUCAAACACAAGCAGACGAAAAUUCACAAGAGCAAGGCAGAACCUAAGCUGGAGCAAACAAGUUCGAUGGGCCAGACCAUGACCUUGACAGAGGGUGGUAGGAUAAUUCAAUCUUCUGUUGUCACUACAGUCAGAAGAAACAGCAUCCAAUCGGUUCUGACUACGGUUCCUGAUCGAUUACAAGAGGUUCCACAGUUUGAAUUUAUUGAUUCUCCAUUAAACCAACACGACCUAGAUUCUCACGUACCUGUUGACGGAUAUGAUACUGAUGACUCGAUACCGAUGACCCUGGAUGAUAUGGAUGAUAUGAGUCCGGCUGCUGAGAAUAUGUAUAUGUUCUCUUCUCAAGUUGACGGAGAACAAGACUUUCUAGAAUCUUCUCCUAACUCCCAUCUUAUGGCCAUCUCCCCCUCCCAAAUGGUGAAUGGAGGAUCUCAUAGAAUGAAUGGAACUAGUCAACCUCAUUCCAUCUCCACCGGGAUCAAGAUCGAACAUGUUCAAGGCCAAAUAACCAUGAAUGGAGACGGGACGAGUUCAGAUUCAUCCAUUCUUGCCAGGCAGCUCUCCCUAGGUGUUGUAAACAAAACUCUAUCUGAUACAAGUACGGAUAAAUUUUACAGCUGUGAGAUGUGCUCGGCUAAACUCAAAAACAAGAGAAACUUUGAAACUCACAUGAAGAGACAUCGUGGAGAGCUUCCCUUCAAGUGCGAUGAAUGCCCUAAAACAUUCCAGGGUCGGAGGGAUCUUGAAACCCACAAGAGAAGCCGACAUGAUCCCAGCCGAAGAGGACGAAUAGAGACGGAUCUAAGUAUGAUCAUGAGUAAACCUGCCACACUGACCAGCAACGUGACCUCCACAGUGUUCACCUCGUCUCCGUCCACCGAGUCUAUGGCUAAAACUGUAGUUCUCGGUAUGAACGGAUUUUCAUCCAAUUUCAUCUCAGAUUCCAUGAAUACUGUUCUGAUAAAACAAGAUCCUGUUAUGGUCGGGAGUCAUAAGGAUGAACCUCCGGACCCUGAGGAUUUCAUGCUGCAGGACACCCUUCCUCUCUUCGAGAACAGCUUGAUGGAACCCGGAGAUAGUUCUGUAAGUCUUAGCUUGGAUGAUCUAGCAAGCUUUGCUCCGUCCUUAGAGGGACAUUCUCUACCCGGAGGACACGAUCAAAGCUUCGAUGACGGAGCGGCGUCCUUCCUGAGUGGGACAGACAUGUCUCAUGAUGCGUUUGAUCUGGUUGGAGAUAGUACAAGCGAUGGGUACAGUAGAAAUACUCCUAGUAUUGCCGAUCUGCGAAGUGAGAGUGGAAUAACAUCUCCAUUUACUCCCCGUAGUGGAAGUGGAACUCCUAGUCUACCUGAUGAAGGAGAGUACCCUUGUUCUCAAUGUGAUAAACGGUUUGGGAACAGGAGAAACCUGAUGAGUCACAUGCGGAGACAUACAGGUGAUUACAAACUGUUCUGCGAGGAUUGCGGGAAAGGUUUCUUCACUCAAUCAAAAUUGGAUUCCCACAAAAGAAAACACACAGGAGAGAAGCCAUUCCGAUGUUUGUUCAAGACUUGUCUCAAGAGGUUUAGGUAUAAAGGAGAUCUUUCUAAACACAUCAAGAGAUAUCAUCCAGGACAUUCUCAGGCGCUUACUCCUGUACCCCUGCAGGAGGAUGAGCUAAUAGCUCUAGAGAAUGCUCAACAAGCUGCUAAACAUAAGACUUUAACAACAGUAACCACCAUCAACUCGGAUUCUUCUACACUGAGAACCGUCCUGACCACCGGAACUAGACCUUCUCACAUCAUCAUUCCUUCUAUGCAACCUCCAGUCAGCUCUCCAUCCUUCACCAUCAGAUCUAACUCCAAUCCGGGAACUAUCAUCCCAGACCCUGAUCCUAGUCUAGACGAAAACCUUCUCAACAUGCUGGCAGCAGACGGAGAUGAUGAUGUAAUGUUGUCUCCGACUGCCCGAACCCUGGCUGGAUUAACCUCUUCCGUCAACGGAUCUAUUGAUACCUCCCUAGUCCUUCCAAACACCGUGUUCUCUUCUAAACCCGUGAACCAGGAUGUUGGAUAUCUACAGCUUAUGAGUUCUGGUAAGAGUACGAUUCUGCAGAGUAAUGAUACAACAAAACAGGUUUUCUUUCAUAUUGCAGACGGAAGUGGUUCCAUUCAGAGACCCGUACUCAAGGGGAAGAACAUAAUUACCAGCUUUGCUCUGCCUCAAACUUCCCAUUCCACUUUCAAAACUGGAAUCACUCUGUCCGCAUCUUCAGCUACCUCUUCUCAAACACUUAGAACCUUGCUCAGUACCUCCAGGGAACCUAAGAUCAUCAGGAUGCCUUUUGUAAAAACCCUGAGUCCGGCUCCGGUGUACUCCAGGAAUCAGGAAAUUAACUUUUCUUCAGCAUCCUCCGUAAACUUGCUCUCAACCACCUUUACUCCGAGUAGUUUAAGUAGCAAACCUAUUCUUUCGCAUAGUUUUUCAACAACAUCUACUUCUAGCCUACCUGAGUCAUUUCUUCCAGCAGAUAUUAGUUUCACUAGUGAUUCUAGUCGGGAGAGCCAGCCCGGAGUUACCUCUGAAACAAUGACUCUGAGUCUUGAAGAUCUGCUCUCCUAUGCUCGUAUCCCGUCUGGUAAAUCUGACGCAACCAAGUCUGACAGAGAAUCUGAUUUGACCAGUCCUGGAUCCGUGAGGUCGGUUGUAUCUGAGAUAGACAUGAACCCUGCUAGAUCGGAGGAUAUGGAGGUUGGAGAGAAGUUUAUCUGUAAGCAUCCAAACUGUGGGAAAACGUUUGACCGAGCUAAUUUGCUGAAACGUCACUUGAAGAUGCACUCAGGGGAAUGCAGGUUUGUUUGUGAUGUUUGCAAGAAAUGUUUUGAAUCCAAUAGUAAGCUUGAAGAUCACUACAGGAGGCACACCGGAGAACGUCCUUUCCAGUGUUAUGUCUGCGGAAACAAAUUUAGAUAUAAAGGAGAUCGAACGAAGCAUUUGAAAAACCUUCAUGGUAUUUACAAAACCCAGGACGAUGGAGUGAACGGUAGUGCAGUGCUAAAUGAGAUUCUGUCUCCGGACUCUAUGGUAAACAAACCUGUAGAAGAAAGAACCAUCCUAUCCAAUAGUGAUAGCACCAACUCCUCUGUGGUCUCCAGUAUGGAGCUCGACGUCCCCUUCAACCUUGAUCCUGGUGGAUCUAAACCUGAUCCUCUGGACGUAUCUGGUCCAAGUCUGAUAUCUAUAUCCAGUGCUCCGGGUCUCCCUGCCCGGAUGCUCAGCUGUAGCCUGCCCCAGGAGACAGUGAGUAUGUCCCUGGAUGAGGUUCUGCAGUACGCCCAACCUAUAUCAGACUAUUCUCUCUAGUGAUAGAUAGAUAGAUAGAGACUAUUAUAAACUAUCCAGAAAUAUCCUACUUUACUACACACUGGACUUAUUCAUUGCACAGAAUGUACAAACCAAUGAAGUUUUCAACUUCGAUGCUGUUAUUAAAUAUUUACUUGGAAUAGCUUAUGUUUGAAAAUGUACUAACCAUAUACAUAUUUGUAGUCGCAAUUUACUCAACACGAAUGAAAUAUGACUAGGUUGACGGUUGGUCCUUCUGACCGAUCAUAAUCCUGAGAUAAAAUAUAUAUAGAACACGGAUACUGACGGAUAAUUUGUUUGUGUUGAUGUACAAGGUAGCGCUUGAAUGUAAAUGAAAAUUUGAUAUUUGUGAUUAGGUUUAGUUAACACGGAAAUUUCAGAAAUAUAAAUCGAGUAUUAA